CAGAUUGAGACGUAGAAGAAGGAUUGUUUACAUGUGAUUUGGAAAUAAAAGCAAACCCAUAGAUAUAAAAUAUAAUAACGUAAUGUAUUUAUUUGUUUAUUCAUGCAAUACAAUAAAACCCUUGUCAGCGAAUAAAUGCGAUUAUAAUUCGCUUGCAUUACAAUGAAAGGAGACGCCAAAACGAUGUUUUUGACUGACGUUUUAGUGACUUAAAUCAUGUUUACAUCUCUGUCACAUGCUGUCUUCGACUUUGAGCUCAAAGUUCCUUCAAUAAACUCAUAUGAGAGCUAAAAUAGUCAUAAAACUAGAAGAUCUGACUGUCAGAAGGUCUGGUAGUGUACACUAGUUUUACCAAUCCUUCACCAUGCCAUCUAUGAAGAACACCAGUGUGAAAAGACCAAAACUAGACUGGAAGUUCCUUCAAAGGUUCUGCAGUAUCCUGAAGAUCCUUUUCCCAUCCUGGUCCAACCAGAGUGUGCGAAUGUUCACGACACUCCUUGGAGUCACACUUUCAGUGCAGCUCGUCAUUUAUCAAGUGGGUCUGAUCCCCAGUCAGUUCUAUGAGGUUUUGUCUGAGAAAAGCUAUGGGAAGUUCAAACAUCUGGUGGCAUUUGCAGUCCUGCUCAUCCUGAUUAAUUCAGUACUGAAAAGUCUGGAUCAGUACAUCUGCAGUCUGCUGUAUGUGAGCUGGAGGAAGUCUUUAACCAAAGAACUUCAUAACACAUACUUCCAGGGGCGCGUUUACUACACCCUCAACGUACUGUGCAAAGACAUCGACAACCCGGACCAGCGCAUCAGUCAGGAUGUAGAGAGGUUAUGUAAACAGAUAAGCACCAUGGCCAGUCGACUUCUCAUCUCCCCAUUUACUGUGUCCUACUACACCUAUCAGUGCUUCAACAGUGCCGGCUGGAUUGGAGUUGUAAGCAUCUUUGGGUACUUUGUGGUUGGGACCUUCAUCAACAAGAUCUUGAUAGGACCCAUUGUGUCGCUACUUGUUGAGCAAGAAAAGCUUGAGGGAGAUUUCAGGUUUAAACACAUGCAGAUUAGAGUGAAUGCGGAAUCAGCUGCUUUCUACAGGGCAGGGAAGGUGGAACACAUGCGAACUGACCAAAGAUUACAGAAGCUCCUGCACACACAGAGAAACCUGAUGAACAAAGAGCUCUGGCUGUACAUUGGGGUAAAUACCUUUGACUAUCUGGGUAGCAUUCUUAGCUAUAUUGUCAUUGCGAUACCAGUUUUUGCUGGGGUGUAUGAUGGCCUGACACCCGGAGAACUCAGUGCUCUGGUCAGUAAGAAUGCUUUUGUCUGCAUAUAUCUGAUAAACUGCUUUACUCAGCUCAUAGACCUUUCAACCACAGUGUCUGAUGUUGCUGGAUACACACACAGAAUUGGAGAACUGAGGGAAGUGAUGACCGACAUCGCCAAGAAACAGUGUGACCAGGAACAGUGUGAUGCACUGUCAAAGGAAACAGUUGACUUUGACAGUGAUCUGGAGAUACACAGCAUCCCAGCAGACACUGCUUUUGUGCUGGAUCGUCUCUCCUAUAAAUCGCCUGUCUCAGAGGAGCUUCUGGUGAAGGAUCUAACCCUAAAGAUCAGUCGGGGAACAAACCUGCUCGUUGUGGGAAACACAGGGACCGGAAAGACCUCCCUACUGAGAGUUCUCAGCUGCCUUUGGGAGCCAUGCAGUGGUUCUGUGGAGAUGACCACAUGUUUUGGGCCGAGGGGUGUGUUGUUCCUACCACAGAAACCCUAUCUGACUGAUGGCACGCUCAGAGAACAGGUGAUCUAUCCAUUAAAGGACAUAUAUCCAGCCUCAGGGACUAUAGAUGAAGAAAGAAUAGUAAAAUACCUAGAACUUGCUGGUUUGUCGAAUCUUCUCGCCAGAACUGGAGGACUGGAUACUGAAGUAGAUUGGAACUGGUACGAUGUUUUAUCACCAGGAGAAAUGCAAAGGCUUUGCUUUGCCAGACUGUUCUACCUACAACCCAAAUAUGCAGUGCUGGAUGAGGCCACCAGUGCCCUCACAGAGAAGGCAGAAGGGCAGCUCUAUAAGGCCUGUAAGCAGCUGGGAAUGACCCUCAUCAGCCUGGGUCACCGGAGCAGUCUGGAAAAGUAUCAUGAUGUCAUGCUGCGACUCUGUGGGGGUGGCCAAUGGGAACUCUCCAAACUCAAAGAGCCGUGAAUCUACAGACUUUACCUCUCUAAACAGACAAUACGGGUCUGUUUGUGAUGCAUUAUUGGUGCUUUCAUGUCAAGUAGCUCAAAACUUUGGAGAAUAGUUUUUAUGUUUAUGUGACAGUCACUCUUGUCAUACUCUCGACAUUAUCUUUUUUGCUGCUUCAUUCGUCCUUAAUUUGUUGUUUUGUUUCAAAUAAUUUAAGGGAUUUUUGUAAUGAAGGACAUACAGGAACAUUUCAAAUAAUUUCAGACAAAGUGCCUUUAAAAUAUAUUUCAAGUAUCUUAGAAUAAAUAAUUUUAUACACAUUAUGGAUAUCGACCUUUUAAUGUGUAAGCAAAUAACUAAAUAGUCAGUUUAGUCCCAGCUGUUUUACCUCAGUGAAGUUGGAAGUAAAUUGCUUUUUAAGGGAAGCCCAAUAAAUUAAUCUGUAGGAAAAAGACUGUCAUAAGAAUGGAACUGUUUUUAUGUGUAAUUUCUAUUCCUGACCAGGAGAGGGCCAACAUUUUCCAGCCUGAGCAAUUCAAAUUCUGGAAUAAUAUUUACUGUUGUAAAUUAUAUAUAUAAUAACCCACUUUCUACUCGUAAUCUAUACUCCAUACUGAAGAGAUAUAUCCACUUUACUCAACAGUACAUGAAUAUAUAAAGAUAUUUAAGUCUUUAGCUGGCGGGAAUAUCUUGAGGAAGCAAAUGUAGAAAAAAAUGACUUUCCCACUACAUCCAUACUAUAUCUCAUGCUUUAAUAUUAUUAUAUCUUUAGCUCACAGCUUAAAUUAGAAAUAUUUCUCACCUUAUAUAUUUAGAAAACAUUUAAGGCUUCUGUUCUGGAUUCUCUGACCACAGGUUUGUAUCUUAAGAAUGUAAGAGUUGGCAGCAUUUAAAAGAACUAGAACUGUUUGGCUUAAAAUAAACAUAAGCAAAUAGCUCUUCAGAUGUUUUUAUACAAUGCAACGUAUGGUAUACAGACAAUCCUUGAACCAUGGGGCUUGAACCAUGAACCUCCCAAUUACCAGCCUUGAGUCACUAUGUAUAUCCCAUUGGUUGUAGUAGUACACCAUUUACAUAACCACAGAUGUAUGGUUGUUUUUACAGUGUGAAAUUUUUUUUUUUGCAACAUUAUAGCACAACAGCAAUAGCUCAAAGCCAGAUCGGGCUGUGAAAGUGAUACGUUUGCCGCAGAAAGCUGAGCACAAAAUUAUCCCACCUACCAAAGAGUUUGGCUGAUCCCUAUGCUUGAGUUUCAGGCAGUUUUAAAUGUGAUCCUGGCCGAUCUGCUGCUGUCAAUCAACAGGCUGACUGAAACAGAUCACGGGAAAGACUCAUUCAAAGGCCUUUCAGGAAAAUGUGAGACAAUCACUAGAGAAAUAACCAAACCAUCACAACCCAAAGGGUUUGAGAAAGGGUUACAUUUGAGUAAAACCUCUUAUAUGGACAAGUGAUCUGAUUAAAAUGGGCUUUCAAAAAUGUAUUUUAACCAAAGAACUGAGGUUUAUGAAAUCUUCCAUUGUGAUGUUGAAAUUUCAUUACAUUUGCAGCAGUGCUCUAAAUGUGCCUUAUUUAAUGACAUUGUAAGCAUGUUAAUGCAAAGAAACCUUUAAAAGGAUCAAAGCUUAUAAAUGUAACAGUACAAUUUUGCAUGUGCCUUUCUCUUGUAUUAUAAACUAUGACUACGUAACAUGUACAAGUUAAAAUAAAUGUUCACAGUAGUUAAGUGUAAUAGC